AUGAAUAGAGGUGUUUUAAUUGGUUCUCAAAAAUCUGACGAUUGGCUAUUUCGAAAAAUAACUCCUCUUAUUGAAUUGAUUAAUCUAUGGAAUCUAUAGAAUAAAUAGAUAUCUAAUAAAGGAUUAUAAUCAUUUUUAUUAUAGGAAUCAGAUUCUCAAGGCUUGUUAGAUGAAUUAAAAUAGUAAAUGAUUAAGUUAAUUUAGGAUAUUAUAAUAAAAGCUUAAAAAUCCAUAUAAAAUAAUUUUCGAUUCAUUGUUGAAAUGGAAAAUUCUCAAAUACUAUGUCAUGCAGACAUUAACCGAAUUAUUAACGAUUAGCAUUUUGGAAAUUCUUAAUAAAUCUACCCUUUCAAUAAUUAAUUUUAAAAAUGAUUCUAAUUCUCUUUAAUUAGUUGUGUGCUGGAUAUUGUUUUUGGUUUCAUUUUAAAUAUUAAAGUAUCAAUAUUAAUUAAUAAGGACCUAUUCGAAAUCGAAACUUGAUUAAGAUGCAAAUAUAUUAAAUAUGAGAAUCAAAACUAUUAUCGAAUAUUUAAUCUAUGACAAAUCUCUCAAAGUUAAAUGCUUAACUAAAACAGAAGGUGAUUCUCAUACUGCAAAUAUUUAUGUAUUAAAUUGAAAUUAAUUCUUUAGACAUUAUUAACUGCUGACGUUGAGUAGAUAUUAAAAUUAAUUUCAGUAAUCUAAGAUAUUUGGUAAUCUUUACUAAUUUUAAGUGGAUGCUUAUUUUUAUUAUAUUCUGCUGAACCAGAAGCUGGUACGGUAGUUGUUAUUGCAAUGAUUAGCUAUUAAGUAAUAAACUUUAUCUUAACCUUUAUAAUGGCAAAAGCGGAAGCACAGCAUUUAAUAUAUAAGGACAAAAGAGUUGGUUUAUAAUCUGAUUUGAUAGAAGGAAUGAAACAGAUAAAAUUCUUAUCUUGGGAAGGAAUAUUUUACAAGAAAAUAAUGUAAAUUAGAAAAUGUGAAUUUAAGAUGUUAAUUAUAUAUAAAGCUUUAGAUGGUUUUGGUGCUGUGUUUUGGAAUAAUAUAAGCUACAUUCUCUUAUGCAUUUUUGUAAUAUAUUCAGUGAAUAUAGGUAAAGAUUUAAAGGAGCUGAAUAUCUUCUCAUUGAUAGCUAUAUUUAAUACUAUGAUAUUUCCUCUCUGUGUUCUCCCUUGGAGUUUAAGCAUAGGAUAUACUUCAUUAAUAUCAUUCAAUAGAUUUUCGAAAUUUUUAAGUUAAGAUGAAAUUAAUUCUGAAGACAGAAUUCAACCUGAAUCAGUUGAAAGCCAGUAUGCUAUUACAAUCAAUAAUUCCAAUUACGUUUGGCCUAAUGCAGAAUAAGUAUCGGAUGAUGUGAAAUAAAAUUAAUUAUAAGAUGAAGAAUUAGUAGUUGCUAAUCAAAACCGUAAGAUGUUUGAAAUAAAAAUAACUAAUCUAAAAUUUGAAAAGAACACUUUGAAUUGUAUUAUAGGAAAAAUAGGUUCAGGAAAAAGUGCAUUCUUUUAAGCAAUUUUAAAUGAGUUAUAAGUUUCAAACUUAUUCAAAGAUAUCUCAGAUACACAGUAAAAUUUGAACUUGAGUUUUGAUUUACUAGUGAAUGAACCUGUUAAGUAUAUUGAAAUGACAGGUAGAAUUGGAUAUUGUUCAUAAGUACCUUGGAUCUAAAAUUUAUCAAUUAAAGAUAAUAUCCUAUUUGGUGAACCCUUUAACUAAGAAUUGUAUGAUAAUGUUAUAGAUCUUUGCUAACUACAUUAAGAUCUAAGUACUUUUGAAAAUCAAGAUUUACAUUUGAUUGGUCCUGAUGGAAAGAACAUAAGUGGAGGAUAGAAACAAAGAAUAGCUUUAGCCAGAGCUUUAUAUUAAUAAAGAGACAUUUAUCUAUUUGAUGACAUAUUUUCAUCUCUUGAUCACAAUAUUGCAGAUUUAAUAUUUUAAAACGUUAUUGUAGAUUAUCUAAUAAAUAAUGGAAAGACAGUAUUUCUUAUUUCUUCAAAUUACAAUUAUAUUAAGAUUGCCAAAUAACAAAUAAAAACAAAAGUUGUUCUUGUUGAAAAUGGAGAAAUUACUUAGGAUUAAGAAUUAAUUAACUAGUAUUUAUAAAAUAAAUCAUUAUAAGAAACUCCCUCAUAUUUUGAAAAAGAAUUAGAUUUAGUAUUAAAUAAACAAAAUAAUACAUUAAAUUUACUUAAGGAAGAUCAAAACGAAGAGGUUUUUAUUGAUGAUAGCAAUGAAGAUACAAGAUAAAUAGGAAGUAUUAAUUGGUAAAUCUGGAAAACAUAUUUUAACAGCAUGAACUUCCCAUUAUUUCUUCUAUUAUUUUUUGUUAAUUUUUAUAUGUAAGGAUCAAUGUCAUUCAUUGAUUUUUGGCUAAAAUCUGAAGCACAAUAAGAAGAUAAAUGGUUACAUUAAUUAACAAUAUAUUUUGACAAUUCCUUUGCUAAAACUCUAUUCUAUUUAACAACCAUAGCUGUUUUAAUUACAGCGAUUAGAUAAACUUUAGAAGUUAUUUGUGCAUUAUUAGCUUCUUGGUCUAUUUUUAAAAAGUAAAUUUGAUAUUAUAAAAUUAGACUUAAUACUGUUUUAAUGUGUACAGUGAUGAAAUUUUAUGAUAGAACAAAUGCCGGCUAAAUUAUAAAUAGGAUUUAAGAUGAUACUUAUGUUGUUGACAUUGAUAUUAGUUCUGGAGUUCACUGUUUUCUUGAAAAUCUCAGUAGAAUAACAGGUUUAUCGAUUGGAUUAUUGAUUUUGGAACCAAGAUAUUUCUUAAUGCUUGUUAUUUUCUUGCUUGCAUUUUAUCGCAUCAAGAAAGCCUGUCUUAUAUCAAAUAGAGAAAUCAAAAGAUUGUUGUCUGCAAAUUAAAGUAGAUUAUUGUAAAUUGUUAAUGAAACAUUGGCUGGAGUCAAAAUAAUUAGAGCAUUUUAGAAAGAGAAAUAUUUCAAAUAAAUCUUUGAAAGUUCAUUUUCAAAUUUAAUGUUAAGUAACUAAUGUGGAGAACGUAUAAAAUUAUGGUUUUAAGUCAGAUUAAAUUUAUUGAACAACUUUAUUGUUAUGUGUACUUCCUUUAUGGUAAUCUGUUCAUUAGUAUUCGAAUGGUCAGAAGAUUUUGGUAUACAAGCUCUAGCUAUUACAUAUUCUAUGGUUGUAUUAGAUAGUUUUUAUGAUUGUUUUAUUUAAUAUUCAAGAGUAGAAACAGGCAUGAUUUCUGUAGAAAGAAUUUAAGAAUAUUUAAAUAACGAGACUGAAGAAAUCAACUAAGAGAAAUUUAUGGAAUAAGAAUAAUAAACAACUCUUUUAAGUGGAAAUAAAAAUGCCAUAGAAUUUAAAAAUGUAGACUUUUCUUAUGAUAAUAAUCGCUUAGCUCUAACAAACUUUUCUUUAACCAUUUUUAAAGGAUAGAAAAUUGCUAUAAUUGGAAGAACUGGAUCAGGUAAGACAUCCAUUCUAAAUGUGCUUCAAGGAUUGUAUCCCUUCUAUUCAGGAGAUCUUUAUAUUAAUGGAAUUAACGUAUAAUUAAAUAAUAUUAUUAGGUGAAUUAAUAAUCUUUAAAAUAAUGGAGAAGUCAAAUGUCUAUUAUUCCCUAAUUUGGAUUUCUAUUUAGUGCUAGUGUAAAAGAAAAUUUAGAUCCUGAGGGAAGGUAUACAGAUUAACAGAUUGAAAAAUUCAUCUAAAAUACCUAAUUUUAUAAACAAAGAAAUUCUAACAUUAACAGUCUUAUGUAUUUGGAUUACAAAUUUGACAUUUCUUAAAAUGGAGCUAAUUUAUCUUGUGGGGAAAAGUAAGUUCUUAAUUUUUUGAGAAUAGUCUUAUAAAAUAAAGAUAUUAUUUGUCUAGAUGAAGCAACAUCUAACAUGGAUCCAUACACAAAUCAAGUAAGAUUAAAUAAUAUAUUAAGUUAUUAAACGAAAGUUUGAUUGAAUUUUCAAAAAGUAAGACUUUACUUGUUAUAACUCACAGACUAGAAAAUAUACAAUAAUAUGACUAAAUCGUAGUAAUGGAAUAAGGAGAAAUAGUGGAAUAGGGAAGUUAUUAAGAAUUGAUGCUAUCCACAAAAGGAUACUUUCGAAAAUUGAUAAAUAACAAUACUAAAAACAGUAAACCAAACUUGAUAUGA